AUGGCCGCGGAGUUGUUUGCCUCUUUGGAGGAUGGCCGCGCUCACUUUGGGAAAGGUAUUUAUGCUUCCCAGCAUGAGCCGGCAGUUUGGGGAACUCGGCUCCGUAUCCUCAUGAACAACUACAGCAACAGCAACCCCCUCAGCUUCGAUGCUGCCGGGCCAGAGCCCCAACGAGUGGCACGCGAAUGGGGCCAUGAGAACCCACAAGGGCACCGUGCGGCCUUUUGCAUUCCGCUGAUCGUGCCGAAAAACACAGCCUACUUUAUUUUCGAGCGACAGACCCCCGACAUGGCCAUGAGACGAGUGCAGGAUGCGAGCGGCAUAUAUCGGCCAGUUGGCCUCGGGGAGGAUUACAGAGGCCGGCCAGUGCACCGCAAUCGGGACGUCUGGGUAGUCCGUGUCGCAGACGCCCUGGGCACUCCCGGGAAUGCUUCUGUGGCUGCAGACGCAUUGGCCGAGGUUGUUCGGAUUCGGCUGUGUAGGCUGCGACGUCACCUUGGGAACGAAGACUAUGAAACCCUGUCCUGCAUCUUUGAGCUUGGCCGCAGGCUGCAGGGCCGCAGCGAAUUCAAGCAAGCCGAAGAGCUGUACAGGGAGUCACUGCAGGGGCUCCGGAGACUCUUGGGCGAGGACCAUCCAGAGGUCCUCGUAAACAUGAUCAACCUGGCGACCGUUCUGGGGACAAGGCCGGAAGCAGUGGCCAUGCUCCGGGAGGCCUUGAAGAAGACAAAGGCCAUCCUCGGUGAGUACCACAUAAAUACUCUGACGUGCAUGGCCAACCUUGCUGAACUCCUCAUUGUUGGGAGCAAACUCGAAGAGGCACAGCUUCUGGCGGCCGAGUGCUUGGAGAAGCGUCGGGUAGCUCUUGGUGAUGGGCACCCAGACACCUGGUGCAGCUUGCAUCUCCUUGCCAACAUUUGCAGACGUCGCUGCUACGGGUCAGGGUCCCAGUUUAGGGCAAGCGGAUUCUGCGAAGCGGAGCAGCUUCUUCGUCAGUGCAUGGAGAAGCGCCGUGCGAAAUUUGGUGAAUCGCAUCCGAUCACUAUUUCGACCAUGGUCCACCUGGCGCAAGUGCUGGAAGAUCAGGACAAGUCGGAGGAAGCUGAGCACAUGUAUCGUGAGGCCAACGAGAAGAGUCAGGCCAGACUCGGCAAGUCGCACGAAAUGGCCCUGGAUGGCCUCGGCUGCUUGGUGUCGUUCUUACUGAAGCAUCGCAAGUUGGAGGAGGCAGAACAGCUGUGUCGUGAUCGGGUGGAGGGGAGCAUGGCCGCUUUGGGCCACAAGAAUAAAGAGCACAUGAUCGACGCAAUCAGGAGCCUGGGGAGAAUCUUGACACAGCAGAACAAGUUCGCCGAGGCAGAGGCCGUUCAUCGCGAGGCUGUUGAGAAAGCCACCAUGGGCGAGAACAACGUGACCACUCUGCAAUGCAGACACGACUUGGCAUUCACCCUUCAGGCACAGGGUAAGCUCGAAGAGGCAGCGAUGCUGGCGUCGGAGUGCCUUGAAGAACGUCGCACAAUGCGUUGUGAUGCGCAUCCGCACACCCGGAUUAUCAUGGGCACUCUUGCAGACAUCUGGAUGCGACAGCGCAAAUUCCAGGAGGCAGAGACACUGCUGCGUGAGCGCCUGGACAUGUGCCAGACUGACCUGGGUGAGUCUCACUUAGUCUCCAUAGCCUGCUUGUGCAACCUUGCCCUAUGCCUGCAGAAGCAAGGCAAACUUGAGAAAGCUGAGCCACUGACUCGGAAAUGCCUGGCAGCGAAGAAGGCCAGGCUGGGCGAUGAGCACCAGGCGACUAUCAUCGAAGUGAACAACCUGGCAGAGCUCCUGCGCAAGAAGGGCAACCUUAUGGAUGCGGAGCCGCUGCACCGCGAGGCUGUGGAGCGGGGCUUCGCAGUGUUGGGCGAGUUGAAUCCGCUCACAAUCUGCUUCUCAUUCAACUACGCAAAGCUGUUACAUGAUCAAGGCAAGCUGGAAGAGGCAGAGUCCAUCCACCGCCAAGCCUGGCAGCAGCGCCGCGCACAGCUUGGCGACUUCCACCUGGACACCCUUGACAGCAUGCACGAACUCGGGCGUUUGCAGCAGGAAAGAGGCCACCUAGAGGAGGCCCAGUCGCUGCUUCGCAGCGCCUUGCAGCAGCGCCAGGCAAAGCUUGGCGACGCGCACCCUGACACGCUCAGCAGCACCUUUCACUUGGCUGCCACGCUCGAGAUCCUGAGACAGUUGCAUCCGGCAGAGCAGCUUCUCCGCCAACAGGGCGACAGCCACCCAGAGACCCUCAGCUGGUCAAAGGAUGCGGCAUGUGCUUGUCAGAGCAAAGUCCUUGGGGAGCUGAAAGUUGCGGGAGCCUGA